AUGAAGCCGGCUUGGACGAGCGCUCUGUCGAAGAAGUCUGCUGAACAAUGGCUUAUCUUUAUUGCAGAGGGGAUGCCAGAAGAAGUGAAGAAGAUCCUUGGAGGCUUACAACUUCCCAUAAAUGACGAACUCGAACGUCUACAUCCGGUCAGUUCGACGAAUGCCGGGGUGUACGCUAGGCUGGUCACCUCUCGAUACUCGGUCCCAGCAGCCAGUGACCGAUAUUUGUACGUGGGUUCAGCCAGUAAGUACGGCAGUGGACUGCAGGGCAGAGUCAGUCAGCACAUCAGAAAGGGCCAGGAAAGACUGGUUCGGGACCUGAGAAGCAGGGACCUCCUAGCGCCCGGCCGUUUCGUCACCUUGAUGACCAUGAAGAUGGACAGCGCUGAAGAAGAACACGUCUUCGAAGUGCGCAGGACGGUGACGUUGGCAGAGGCAAUCUUGACGAUAUGGUUAGGCGCCACUCCAGUCCCCUGGUCACCAUCUCCCAGGGGCUGUGUCCAUGGGAUUGGCAGACUCUCAAGUACAGAGCAUGGUCAUCUCACAAUCCCUUGGAAGUAG